ACACAUACGCACACUCAGUGCACUGCCCUCUAUGAACUGAGCUCAGCACAGAGGCAGAGAGCGAAAGAGAAGGUGCCCACCGAGCCGCAUUUCUACUUACUACUGUGUACUGCACACUGAAAAGAAACUGGAACAACUUUUCUCAUAUUGAAUUUCUCCAGAUGUUCGUGAAUUUCAGCUCUAAGUGGACAUUUUGAGAGGUUUUUAGAGUGUUGAGUGUGCGGCACAGGUGAAGAUGGCGAGGGGACCAUCAGGACGAGCGUCGCGCACACCGGUGCUCGUGUUUCUGCCUCUUCUACUGCUCACCGGAACUUUAACAGCGCAAGAGUUGCCCGUCAACGGCGUGAACGGAUUCAGCUUGCACCCACCGUACUUUAAUCUAGCGGAGGGGACGAAAAUCACAGCCACAGCAACCUGCGGAGUGGACGAGAACGAGCAGCCUAUCCAGGACCUGUACUGCAAACUGGUUGGGGGGCCCGUGUCAGGGGAUCCGAGUCAGACUAUUCAGGGUCAGUACUGUGACAUCUGCUCUUCGCAAGACACGAACAGAGCACAUCCCAUCAGCAACGCCAUCGAUGGCACCGAACGCUGGUGGCAAAGCCCUCCUCUCUCCCGCAGUGCCAAACACAACCAGGUCAACGUCACCCUGGACCUGGGACAGCUUUUCCAUGUUGCAUAUGUGCUUAUCAAGUUUGCCAACUCGCCCCGACCAGACCUGUGGGUGCUCGAGCGCUCCAUUGACUUUGGCAAAACAUACCAGCCAUGGCAGUUCUUCGCCUCCUCAAAGAGAGACUGCAUUGAGCGGUUUGGCCAGAGGACUAUCGAGCGGAUCUACCAUGAUGACGAUGUCAUCUGCACAACAGAGUACUCUCGAAUUGUCCCAUUGGAGAAUGGAGAGAUUGUGGUGUCUCUGGUAAAUGGACGACCCGGAGCCAUGAACUUCUCCUAUUCUCCCGUUUUGAGGGAGUUCACCAAAGCCACCAACAUCCGCUUGCGUUUUCUGCGCACCAACACACUGCUGGGUCACCUGAUGGGCAAAACCUUGAGAGACCCCACAGUCACACGAAGAUAUUACUACAGUAUUAAAGACAUCAGUAUCGGAGGGAGAUGUGUGUGUAAUGGCCACGCUGAGGCCUGUAAUGCUCAAGACCCCAAUGAUCCCUACAAGCUUCAGUGUGACUGCCAGCACAACACUUGUGGCACGUCAUGUGAUCGCUGUUGCCCCGGCUUCAACCAGUUCCCAUGGAAACCAGCCACGACUUACAGUGCCAAUGAAUGUGAACCAUGUAACUGCCACAGACACUCUUCAGAGUGCUACUACGACCCAGAGAUCGAUCAACGCAGAUCCAGUCUGGACAUGCAGGGAGAAUACAAUGGCGGUGGAGUGUGUGUCGAGUGCCAGCAUCACACCACAGGCGUCAACUGUGAGCGCUGUAUUCCUGGCUACUACAGAUCACCUGACCAUCCUCUAGAGUCACCAUUCGCCUGUUCAAAAUGCCAGUGUGAAUCUGAGUUCACCGAGGGCACAUGUGAGGACCGAACUGGACGCUGUUACUGUAAACCCAACUACACUGGCGAGAACUGUGACCAGUGUGCAGAGGGAUACGAACACUUCCCUGAAUGCUACCAGGUGUUAAUCAACGGAGAGGUCAGACCUGCAGGAGAAAACAUCAUUGACUGUGAGUGUAAUGCUGCUGGCACUGAAGGAAACUCCUGUAGGCCGGACCCUCGCACCAAUACAUGUGUGUGUAAACCUGAAUUCACUGGGGAACAUUGUGACACCUGCUCUCAUGGAUACUUCAGCAUCAACUGCCAACGCUGCCAGUGUUCAGGCCAGGGUUGCCUAGAUGGCUCCUGUGAUGCAGUAACGGGCCAGUGUGUGUGCCGGAGUGGGUUUCAGGGGUAUUCAUGCGAGCAGUGUGCACCAGGCUACUUCAACUACCCUCUGUGCCAAUAUUGUGGUUGCAGUGUCGUGGGAUCUAUACCCGAGAUGUGUGAUCCGGCUGGUCGAUGUUUGUGUAGGCCGGAGUUCACUGGUCCUCGCUGUGAUCAGUGUCAGUCAGGCUUCCACUCAUAUCCAAAUUGCCAAGUGUGCACUUGUGACCCCCGCACAUCUUUGGACUCCAGCUGUAGUGAGUUGGAUCAGUGUAACUGCAGACCAAACUACAGCGGCCCCAGAUGUCAGCAGUGCGCACCAGGAUACUACUCUUAUCCCAGCUGCACACCAUGUGAUUGCUCAGUGGAGGGCUCUCGCUCCAGCUCCUGUGAUCCAGUGUCAGGACAGUGUGUGUGUCUGCCGAACAUCGAGGGUCAGAGGUGUGACAGCUGCAGUCCUGGGUCAUAUGGCUUCCCCCUUUGCCAACUGGGGACUUGUAACCCAGCAGGUUCUGUUCAUAAUGACAUUCUACCCACUGUGGGCUCUUGUGUGUGUCGGCCGUAUGUGGAGGGAGUGGCGUGUGAACGCUGUAAACCUCUCUACUGGAAUCUGUCUCCUGAUACAAUCUAUGGAUGCUCAACAUGUGACUGUAAUACAGCAGGAACUUUAAGCGAGGUUGCUGAGUGCACGCAGCGCACCGGCCAGUGUUUCUGUAAACCCAACGUGUGCAGCGGCACCUGUAACGUGUGCAAGGAUGGAUUCUUCAACCUCCAGAAGGACAGCUACUUUGGGUGCCAAGGCUGCCAGUGUGACAUUGGAGGCUCCGUGGGGCAGGCGUGUGAUGAGAGAUAUGGCCGCUGUCGAUGCAGACCCAAUGUGGAGGGACCCAAAUGCAAGCAACCCCGGCCGGAUCAUUACUUCCCUGACUUGCACCAUAUGAAGUUUGAGGUGGAGGACGGCACCACCAUGGAUGGCCGUCCGGUGAGGUUUGGUUACAAUCCACUGGAGUUUGAGAGCUUCAGCUGGAGGGGCUAUGCUCAGAUGUCCCCUAUACAGCCUCGGGUUCUGGUGGAGGUGGUGGUUGGCUCUCCAGACCUGUUUCAUGUGGUCUUGCACUAUGUGAACCGCGGGGGUGUGGACGUGACGGGACAGGUCUCUGUGAUCGAGGAUGGCAGACAUGUUCUGUGUGGGAACUGCUCUGAACAGUCCAAACAGAUCGUCUUUGCCCCCAGUUCAGAACCAACAUUUGUGAACGUGCCUCAAAACAGCUUUGUGGAGCCAUUUGUCUUGAAUCCGGGAACCUGGACUGUUAUCAUUGAGGCGGAAGGCAUUUUGCUGGACUAUCUGGUGCUGUUGCCCAGUGCGUAUUACGAGGCUCCUAUCCUGCAGCUUCAAGUGACUGAGCCCUGUUCAUACAGCCACACACAGGACGCUAGUCAGAACUGUCUGCAGUACAUGUAUCUGUCUCUGGAUGAGUUCCCAUCCAUCUCCAGCAAUGAUGCCAGCUGCAGGUCUGAUAAUCACCUGCCCAGACCCUGCCACACUGAAAAGAUCACGCCUCGCCAUCCCAGCAUGGCCAUCUGCAGCGGCAAUGAUAUCAGCGUUGGGCUGCGUGGUCGAGUUCCUGUUCCUGGAGAGUAUGUGUUAGUGGUAGAAUACGCCAGUGAAGAUCAAGCCCCUCAAAACCUUACAGUGUCUGUCAGCUCAGCAGGUGAAUCCACUCAUCAGGAGCAAAUAACACUGCUCCACUGCAAAUACAGUUUUCUGUGCCGUUCAGUGUCUGUUGAUGACAUGAAGCGUGUGGCCCUCUUUACUAUCUCGGCGAAUGCUGAAAUCCAACUUAUUGCUGAAAGAAGCAGCUUCUUCCUUCACAAAGUGUUCCUCAUCCCUCGUGCUCAGUUCACCAUGGAGUAUCUGAAGCCCAGAGUUCAUUGCAUCAGCACUCAUGGCCACUUCGCUCCAGACAGUGGCUCCUGCAUCCCGUCCCGUUUCCAGAAUCCUCCUCAGUCUCUGGUCCUGAAAGAGGGUCAGGCUUCUUCUGUCGCAGAGCCGAUUCUGGCUUCAGCCCCUGACCCAUCUCUGUAUGCCGACCGACCCAUGACCUCCACACCGCCGACCGCAACGGAUAAUACUGAACACGUGCUUCUGGACACUAGUCAGAACGCUGUGGUGUAUUCGACGCGUGUUCAUGCUCUGGGACGUUACGUGUUCAUCCUGCAUUACCAUCAGCCCCUGCAUCCAACGUACAACGUCCAGGUCUUCAUCAACGGAGGUCGCAUAUGGCAGGGAAAUGUCAACGCAUCCUUUUGUCCUCAUGGUUAUGGCUGCCGCAGUGUUGUAAUGUCAGAGAAUCAGAUCAUCCUGGAUGUGACGGAUCAUGAGGUGAUCUUGACGCUGCGUGUGCCUGACAGGAAGACACUGUGGCUGGACUAUGUGCUGGUGGUGCCAGAGGGCAGUUACAGCUCCAGCUUUCUGUCCGAGGAGCUGCUGGAUAAAUCUUACGAUUUCAUCAGUAACUGUGGACAAAACAGCUUUUACAUCAACCCUUCCUCAGCGUCUGCGUUCUGCCUGAGCUCUGCCGUAUCUCUGUCUUCCUUCUUCAAUAACGGCGCUGUACCCUGCGGCUGUCAUGAAGUGGGUGCCGAGAGUGACACCUGCGAGUCUUUCGGUGGACAGUGCAGAUGCAGACCCAAUGUGAUCGGCCGAGACUGUUCCCAGUGUGCCACGGGAUACUACGGCUUCCCCAACUGCAGACCAUGUAACUGUGGUUCGCGUCUGUGUGAGCCUGUGACGGGCGAAUGCAUUUGUCCACCACGGACCCUUCAGCCAGACUGUGUAACCUGCGAGCCCCAGACGUUUGGCUGCCAUCCUCUGGUGGGCUGUGAGAUGUGUAACUGCUCCAGGCCUGGAGUUACGUCGAUGGACAUCAGUUGUGACACAAACAACGGGCAAUGCAGGUGCAGGAACAACAUUGUUGGCCGUCAGUGUGACAGGUGUUCUCCAGGUUUCUAUGGUUACCCCAACUGCAGGCCAUGUAACUGCAAUGAGGCGGGAACUGAGAUGAAUGUUUGCGACUCCUUCACUGGACGCUGUCUGUGCAAGGAAAAUGUGGAAGGCCCUCGCUGUGACCAGUGCAAACUGGGAACGUUUCAUCUGGACCCCACUAAUGCUAAAGGCUGCACCAAGUGCUUUUGCUUUGGAGCCACUGAUCGCUGCCACAGCUCUGACAAACGCCGAAGUGAGAUUAUGGACAUGGCAGGCUGGGUGCUGCUGAGAAGUGACAGACAGGAAGUGCCUGUGUCCACAUAUCUGGAUCAGGAUCUGGUGGAGGCCGAUCUGAGCGAUGUGCCUGAUGUCUCACAGGACCUCCAUUGGCAUGCUCCUCAGGCUUACCUCGGCGAUAAAGUGUCUUCAUACGGAGGUUAUCUGCGCUACCGUUUACAUACACAGACGAUGCGAGGUGAUGCUUUCCUGAUGGUCGAAACCAUUCGGCCAGACGUUAUACUCAAGGGCAAUCAGAUGACUCUUGUGUACAUGGAAAGAGAAUAUCCCUCUCCUGAAGACCCCCAUGAAGGCAUUGUCCACCUGGUAGAGGAGAGUUUCAGGCAUGCUCAGACUGGGAAUUCAGUGUCCCGUGAGGAGCUGAUGAUGGUUUUGGUGGCCCUGGAGUCUCUUCAGAUCAGAGCGCUUCACUCUCAGUCGGCUCAGUCUGUGUCUCUGCGGGCCGCUGUGCUGGAGGUGGCUGAAAACAUGCCCUCUGGUCGCCAUGCCAACAAUGUUGAAAUCUGUCUUUGCCCAGGAAACUAUCUAGGAGACUCCUGUCAGCAAUGUGCGCCAGGGUACUACAGAGACAACAAAGGUCUUUUCCUUGGGAAGUGUGUCCCCUGCAACUGCAACGGGCACUCGGAUCAGUGUCUGGAUGGUUCUGGCAUAUGUGUGAACUGCCGCCAUAAUACUGCCGGAAAUCACUGUGAGAAGUGCCUGGGCGGUUUUCAUCAUAACAACACUGUCGAUGGCCACUCUGUGUCCUGUUCAAGCUGCCCCUGCCCUCUGCAAGUGGCUUCAAACAAUUUUGCUAUUCGCUGUGUGGAGAAGCCCAAUAAUAUGCGGUGCCUGUGCAUGCCUGGCUAUGCUGGAUCUAAGUGUGAAAGGUGUGCACCAGGUUACUAUGGCAACCCAGUUGUGAUUGGCAGUACAUGCCAGCCGUGCAACUGCAAUGGAAACUCAGACCCCAACAUGUUGUUCAGCGACUGCCAUCCUUUGACGGGGGAGUGUCAGAGCUGCAUGCACAACACUGCUGGACCGCACUGCGAAAUCUGCGCCCCUGGUUUCUACGGUGAUGCCAUCACUGCAAAGAACUGCACCAGAUGCAACUGUUCUCCUUGUGGCACUGCACAUUGCGACUCUCACACUGGCCAGUGCCACUGCAAGCCGGGUGUGGUGGGAGCCCAGUGUGAUCGCUGUGAGCAUGGGACAUUUGGCUUUGAUUCCUGCACUGGUUGCAGAAAGUGUGACUGUGAUGCGUCAGCUGCGUUGGUUCAGGCAUGUGACCCUGUUAACGGCGCAUGUGCCUGUCAGCCUGGGGUCAAUGGACCGAACUGCCACCAGUGUGCACCUGGUCACUGGAACUACAGUUCUAAUGGUUGCAGGAAGUGUGAGUGUAAGGGUGGUCGCUGCGACCCUCGCACAGGAGAGUGUAGAUGUACAACAGGUCUGACAGGGAAGCAGUGUGACACGUGUCUCAGUCAGCACAGCGUCCCUGUGCAGAAUGGAGCAGAUAUGCACUGUCAGCCCUGUGACAGCUGUGUGAUGGUGCUGCUGGAAGAUCUGGACAGGAUCAGUCAUUUUUAUGAGUCCGUUGCCAAUCAGCUGACCAGCCUCAAUGCCAGCACCUUCGCCUGGACUCAACUAAACCGCCUUAAUGCCUCCAUUGCGGACAUUGCUAAUGCGAUAACAAACUACAACAGCACUCUGGACAAGAGCAGGAAUCGGGCCAGUGUGUUGGAGGGAGAGCUGGAAAUCAUCGACUCAGAUAUUAAAGAUUUAGAAAAGAAGGCCUCAGUCACACAAAAGAAAAAAGAUGCUUUAGAGGACAACAUUAACUCGACACACACUAGAGCACAAGAGCUGUUUGGAUUCAUCAAAGGCAUCAUGAGAGAUGUGAAGGACAUUAUACAGCAGGUGAACCGGACAGCGCAGAAUGAGACGCAGGUGAUGGAUGAGAAGGACCUGGCCAGAAAGAUAGCAGAAGUGGAGUCCAUGCUCAGAGACAUGCGCUUCAGGGGCUUUGACUACCAGAAGAACAAAGCAAAAAAUGAGCUGGACCAGGCCAAUAACUUGGUGGAUCGUGUGAUUAAUGAGAUUGCAAACCGGACGUGGAAUAAUGAGGCUGUGGCAGAGAACAUCAGAAACAAACUGAAGCAGUUCAAUGAGCAGCUGAUGGACCUGAGAGACGCCAUGAAUGAAGCCGUCAACAACACGGCACAAACUGUAGAGGCCAACAACAUUAACCAGAAACACCUGGAGGAUCUUCAGAAAAAGGUUAAUAGUCUACAUGAGAAAUACAAAGAGGUGGUGUCCCAGCUGCAGAUGGCGGAGGAUGAUGUGACUCAAGUCAACGACCUGCUCUCCAUGCUCCAGGACUCCAAAGAGGAUUAUGAGCAUCUGGCCGCUCAGCUGGACGGAGCGAGACAGCCCCUAGCUGAAAAGGUGCAGAAGUACGCCCCUGCUGCUAAUAAAAUACCCCUGGUGGAGGCUGCAGAGAAACACGCAGAAAUGCUGGAGCAGCUCGCCAACAAUCUGUCCAGUCUGAUAUCUGGCUCCAACCAGGACAAUUUUAUACAGCGUGCUCUGAACGCGUCCCGCGCAUACACUAACAUUAUCAACAGUGUGCUGGAAGCUGAGACUACAGCUCUGAAAGCCAAUGAAACCGCUUCUAUGGCCCUUGAGAACAUACGGGACAAAGACCUGCCAGCACAAGCGGCUGCGCUGAAGAAUCAGAGCACUGAGCUUUUGAAGUCAGCGGAAGAACUCAACAACAGCAGUCAGAGUCUAAAGCCACGUGUGGACACCAUAAAGAUGAGUUUACUUGAUGCUGAAAAGAAGAAAGAAAAGAUGCUUCAAGACCUGAAGGAUAUUCAGAAUAAACUCAACGUCAGCCGAGACGACAUAGUGAACAGCAUCUCAGCAGCUAAGAGUGCGGUGGAGCAGGCUAACAACACGGUGGCUAACGUUAGCGGUGUGCUGGCUCCAAUUCAGAAGCAGCUGGAGGAAUGGCAGAAGCAGUACGGAGACUCCAACGCCACUAGUGAGGAUAUCAACAAAGCCCUCAAUGACGCCAACACAUCAGUGGCUGCACUGAGCGACACUCUUCCUAAGCUGAUAAAGAAGUUGGAUCGCCUGCACAACACCACGUUUCAGCCGUCCAACAUCUCCGACAGCAUCCAGAGGAUUCGUCAACUCAUUGAGCAAGCACGCAAUGCUGCCAACAAGGUCAGCGUGUCAAUGCAGUUUAAUGGUAAAUCGGGAGUACAAGUGAGGACACCCAGUAAUGUGGCAGACCUGGCAGCCUAUUCAUCACUCCAAAUGUACAUCAAGCUUCCCAGUCCUACCAUUAAAAAGAAACGACAAACUGAAGCCACCAACCCCCAGUUUGUCCUCUAUCUUGGAAACCGAGACUCCAGUAAGGAGUACAUGGCAGUGACUCUAAACGGAAAAAAGCUGCGCUGGCACUUUAAUGUGGGAGGAAGUUCAGUGGAUGUGCUAAUGGAUGAGGACGUGAAGAAUGAUUUCUUCAACAAACUCAUCCUGGAGAGGACUCUGCAGUACGGUCAGAUGUCUAUGACUACGGAUCAAGAUGAGAACAAUAUAAUUAAACGUAUCAUGGAGGCAAAAGGGCAAAAAGGCCUGCUUAACCUUCCAGCUGAGGAGACCGUGUUUUAUGUCGGAGGUUUUCCCAGCACCUUCAGUCCUCCAGGGACUCUGAACCUGUCGUCGCCUUUAGACUUCUUCAAGGGCUACGUGGAGCUGCUCAGUAUAAAUGAAGAGCUAAUCAGCCUCUAUAACUUUGAGCAAACUUUCGACAUGAACACCACAACUGAUGCACCAUGUUCACGGAAGAGGCCAGCAAACACGCCUGAAUGGGUGGUUGACGGAGUGUAUUUUGACGGUACUGGCUAUGUUGAGGUUUUGUUCGAAACUCAGAAGGGCGACCGCACCUUUGACCAGACCAUCAGACUCAUCUCGCAAAACGGCAUUCUGCUGUCCUUCCAGAGAGAGGAUAAAUACGUGACCAUCGCUGUUCUUGAUGGCUUUCUGAGGGUCUUUUAUAACGUUGAGGGAAGUUUGAUGCCUGGACCAGGCAACCCAACAAAAAUCAGCAAUGCUGACAAAAAAACUUUGCAAGUCAUCCUUCAACUUAACAACAUGAAAAUGCUUGUGAGGCUGGAUCGUGAGACGUUAUAUACACUUUACAGCGAAGAACUCAAUUUCACAGGAAGAUACUUCUUAGGGGGAGUGCCAGAAGCUGAGAUGCCUAAUGAUUUGAAGAGCAUCUAUCUCAAGCAUGGCUCCAUCAGGGGCUGCUUCAGGAUCAUUAAGUCCAUGGGGAGCUUUGUUCAGAUAAAGACCAUGAAGAGUUCAGGCAUCAGCUUUGGCUGUCCAGAUGACCUGCUGUUUACUCGUGAGGCUCAUUUCACUGGUGAAGGCUACCUGGGCUUGAAGAUGGAUUAUGUGGAUCUGGCAAACAGCUUCUACGGCGGCAUUGGCUUCAGAACAGAUCAGCAAAACGGUCUUAUGUUUUACCAUCAAAACAAGGAUAAUGUGUGUAAGGUGAUGUUAGACAACGGUCAUGUGCUGGUCAGCACUGACAGAAAGGAAGUCAAGUCUCAGAAGACGUACAACGAUGACAACAAUCACUAUGUUGCGGUUUACCGCGACCAAAAUGUGUUGAGCAUUUAUAUAGACGAUGUGCUCGAGAGUUCUGGAGAAACUGGUAAUGUAACCACUAGAAGAAACGCACUGCAGGAAGGCUUUACCUAUGUUGGCGGGACACCGGAGUCAAACGGUCCGACCAACCUCACCGGCUGCAUCAGCAACUUCUUCAUCAAGAGAGCGAACGAACCACAGAUUGUAGAAGAUCUGAAAACAGCUCUAGAGGGACGCAAAUACACAUUCACCUGCCCUGAUGCUUCAGCCCCACUGCAGAUGUUAAAUUCUCCACGGCCAAAGAAGCAGAAUGCUCCUGGAAAUUCGAGAAGUCGAAUGGCUCGUGACUCCUGUCAGGGUGACACGUCUGUUCAGGAGGUUGACGCCCACCAUUUCAGUGGCUCCACCCACAGCCACAUGAGAUUUGAUUCGCUGCCUCAAGCUUUUAGCAAAGCGCCGCACUUCUCCAUCAGUGUGCGCGUGAACUCCUCCAGUGGCCUGAUCUUCCAUGUGGCAGGAGGAAAAGGCCAGAGGAUGAUGGCGCUCUCUGUGUCUGAUGGUCAUCUGACUCUGCUGGUCAACGGCGGGAAAAGGAAGACCAGCAUACGCAGCAAAAAGAGAUACAGCGACGGCCUGUGGCACACGGUGUUUGUGAAAGUGGAGGGUGACCGGGGGUCUCUGACUGUGGACGGCAUCGACACACAGAACAAGAGAGUGUCUGCUGGAGGGAAGAGUAUGUUCGCUGCUCCGCUCUAUAUCGGAGGACUUCCUGUAGACCACAGCGCAGCCAUGGCUGGAUUCGUGGGCUGUGUUCGGGACCUGAAACUGAACGAGGUGUCUCUUCAGAGCCCAUCUGUCAGUGUAGGUGUGACGCCCUGUUACCAGCAGCCUUUGCAGCCCGGCGCUCACUUCUCCAGUCGUGGAGGAUUCAUGACCAUCGACGAGUCGCUGGUUUUAGGACAGGACCUGGAGAUCCAAUUGGAGGUCCGUCUGGAUUCAGGCUCAGGGCUUCUGCUGCACACUGGAGCCAAGAAAACACACCAGCUGAGUGUGUAUCUGGAACAAGGCCAGGUCACUGUGCUGAUGAACAGUGGUAGUGGAGAGUUUUCAGUCAGUCUCACACCUAAAGAGUCGCUCUGUGAUGGAGGAUGGCACACUAUUGCAAUUGUGAAGAAGAGCAACGUCAUUCAGCUGCACGUGGACUCGUUCAGUGAACACGGAGUGGCUCCCAAACAGAGCAGAUCCAACGGAGGCAAAGAGGCGGUGUAUUUGGGUGGUCUGCCAGAGACCAUUACAGUGCCUGGUCUAUCAUCCAGCGUCCAGUCUUUCCAGGGGUGUGUGAGGAAAGCCGUACUGAACCACAGGCCCGUCAUGCUCUCCAAACCUCUGUCAGUGUCUGGAUCAGUGGGCACUCAGGGCUGCCCUGCCUAAUAGAGUGUCGAGCCAAACACAGACUCUAUCCGAUCAUCAGGUGGUGGGUUUGCAUAGAGGUUAAUUUAAUCAGAUAUUUAUGUUCACUUUGUGUGUGUCGUUUUAAUAAAAGCACUGCGACACCAUUGAUAAACAUGUUCACAACUGCAGGGACCAGAUGAAAAAUGGAGCACUGAAUUCAAAUCAUUCACUGAUGUAAUCAUGACCAAACACCCUUAAAUGACUUCAUAUUUAAUUGUAUUAAAACAGGCAUUUUCCUAAGCCUUUGGUGUAUUUAAAAGUCACUCGUGAAAUGUUAUUUUUGUCAUGCUAUUAUCACGUUUCCCUCAAUUAGCUGUAUUUUUAUUGGCAAUAAAGAUCUCCUUUGUGUUUGA